UGUUCUUCUAUCAGAUUCAUACUAGCUCAAUUUCUUUACCUUAAAUAGGAUUGCUCUGUGCCCUUUUUUCCCUUCCUCUUGCCCUCCCAGCUUCGCUGAUUUCUUCGUUUGGAGGAUACCCUCAAAGGUGUUCUACUGUGAAAGUUAGCCAAUUUUGAAGAUGAAUUGUUAUAAUCUUCAGAAGAAUGCCUUCUCAGCCUGUGAAGAGAUGAGAGGCUCUCUUCCCAUUGCUGAUCAGAAUGGACCUGUCUUUUGCCCUAAGCCACGCCGAGCUGGGGUUUUAAUGAACUUGCCUAUUCGACCAGUAAAAUGGCAUUUAGGUCAACAAGCUGAGGGGUCUGAUUCAAAAGCUGGGGCAGAACUACUUGACAUUGUUCUCAAGAGGGACAUUGUUCUUAAGAGGGAGAGUUAUGGGGAAGAAUUUGCAAAUCAGAUACCUUCAUCUCCUCCAUAUUUUUGUGGUUCUCCUCCAGUUCGGGCUUCUAAUCCCUUAAUCCAAGAUGCUCGAUUUGGAGACGAAGAGUACUCUCUUAUAUCAACAAUUUCAUCGCCUUCAGGUUUACUGUCUCCAUCUUCAGCAUCUCGCAAAGCAGGAUGUGCUAGGAUGAAGUUUGGACUUAAACCGGCUGCAGUUAGAGUAGAAGGAUUUGAUUGCCUCAGCAGGGAUUGCCAGAAUUCCGGCAUCCCUGCUGUUGCUUAAACUCCAUUCAUAGAAGUGUAUAUAGAAGAAGCCAAGUGCCAUUACUUAUAAAACGUGACUUAACUAGAGAGAGUUUUGAAUGUUUCGGAGGGAAGUAAGAAAUUCAGUUAGUUGUGUAUAUAGCAAAUGCUUUUUUGUAUGGUGAGGUGAAUCAUCUCAUUGUGAGUAUCCGUGGCAAGUUUAGGGAGCUGCAGAAAAAGCAAACCUUCUGUUCUUGAAGUUUGAUGUGUAGAGAGCAUGUCUUUUUGUAAUAUAAGGAGGUUGUAUCGGAGUGUCUUUUAAACCUUUUAGGCUAUCACCGUAAGAGUGUUCUGUAUAGGAAUUGGUGAUUUUGGUUGUCGUCCCUGUAAAUAUAUUUAGGUGACUUUGCAAGUAUGUCUAUUAUAUUUAGUUAUUCAACUUUGUUUUCUGUUCCCAAAUGCAAAUUUUUAGUACCCAUUUUAAAUUUA